CAAAUGGAAAAUCAUAGACAACUUUUAUGUGGAAAAUGCUUGACGCAGAGAUCUUGACGUGUCUUCAGAUUCAGAGUUAGAAAUAUGAAACCCUCAAUUACUACAAUAGUUUCAAUUCUGUUUUUACUUUUCAUAGCACAUUCUGUAUGGAACUUGAUGACCAUAUUUCAGGUCCCUUCUUGUGGCCAAUCAGAUAUUUGCUACAAAUCCUACUUGAAUUCAAAACCCAACUUGGAUUUAUUUGUAUUUAUAUCUGAUAACUCAAGAAGUGGAGAAUUCACUGAAGUACUGCAUGUUGAGAAAUUUAAUUAUCAUGAAAAAUUUGAGAAAAAAAUAUCCAUAUUACUAUCAGAUUUUGUGAAAAAAAAUGGAAGUAUUACCGUUCAUACAGUGUUGGUACCUUCCAAAAAUAAGUACAGAAAUAAGAAUCUGAAUAGCCUAAUAAACUCACUAGAUUCUACCUAUGUUAAAAGUAAACUGACAAAGUAUUCUGUUCCUGUAAGUUCUACGUUCAACUUACUGAGUGAUGAAACUGUGAUAAAAAAAUCUAUUAAACCUGUUACUCAUAUAAGAUCGAAAUUUGCUCUCGUCAUGUGUCCUAUUGAACUUAACAUUCCUCAAAAUAAUAUUCCUAUAGAAAUAAUUAAACAAAUGAGAUUGAAAUCAAGCCACCAGUUCUUACCAAUACUUCAAAGAGAUAUUAUGCAAAUGAGAUUGCAGGACUUAGUUGAAAUCCAUUCAGGAAUGAACAAAACUAAAAUUAAUUUUAUAUAUACUCCAAUCUCUUAUGGAAAAUUGAGAUUUAUUCUUCAAAUUGAUUCUUCUUUACGACAAUUCCUGAAUUUAGGAUUCAGUGAAAAAGAUUUAGAUGAGGUAAAGAAUAUUUUUGCGGAUACUAAUCUGUAUCUUUUGUGCACAACUGUGUUCAUAGGAGGAGUUCAUUUGCUUUUGGACUUCUUAUCUUUUAGGAAUGAGGUAAGUUUUUGGAAGAAUCAGAGAAGUAUGGCGGGGUUGUCUUCAAGAGCAGUCCUUUGGAGAGCCUUUUCACAAACUGUUAUAUUUCUAUACCUUUUAAAUGAAAAAACUUCAUUAUUAGUUUUGAUUCCUAGUGGUAUAGCUACUGUUAUUGAAUUCUGGAAAGUAUCUAAAGCUCUCAAAACAACUAUAUCUUGGAGAUAUGGUUUAAAAUUUGACAAUAACAAUACAGAAACUUCUGAAGAAAAAAAAACCAGGGAAUAUGAUGAGGAAUGUAUGAAAUAUCUAAGUUAUGUAUUAUAUCCUUUGUGUAUCGGAGCAGCAGUUUAUUCUCUCAUCUAUCAACCUCAUAAAAGUUGGUAUUCCUGGACCCUCAAUAGUUUAGUUAAUGGAGUUUAUGCUUUUGGGUUCCUCUUCAUGUUACCUCAGCUAUUUAUAAAUUAUAGACUGAAAUCAGUGGCUGCUCUUCCAUGGAGAGCUUUUACUUAUAGGGCAUUCAACACUUUCAUUGAUGAUAUAUUUGCAUUCAUCAUAACUAUGCCUACAGCUCAUAGAUUAGCCUGUUUUAGAGACGAUAUAGUAUUUCUAGUUUAUCUCUACCAAAGAUGGUUAUAUCCUGUAGACAAAAGUAGAAAAGAUGAUAUGGCUCUUGGUGAACAUGAGGAUGAUGAUUGCAAGAAAAAAUUGCAAUAGAUUCAUGUCAAUUGAUCUGGUUUUCGGAAUUUAUUCUUUGGUAUCAAAGAUUUGUUUGUCAUUAUUUAUUUAUUACUUCUUUGAAUUAAAAUUUUAUAAUUCCACAAAAAAAGGCUGAUACAUCGAGAAACACAAGAGCAAUAUAUAUUUAAGAUAGAUGAUAAAUUUAUAUUUAUUUUCAAAGCACACCUUGUAUUAGGUUAAUUAUAUUGUUACUGCUGGGAACGUUUGACUUUUAAAAUCUUGUUAUUUCAUGACAACAUAUUUAUACAUUUUAUGUCGAUAUUUUCUAUUUGUUGCAAUAUAAUUCUAUUUCAAUUUAGCGUUUCUUGAUUCAAGCCAAAUUUUUUUCCAUUGAAGAUUUUUCUUUUAAAAUUCAGCAGCAUCACUUAUUCAAAAUGAAUAUAAGAGAAAAUUGCAAAGACUUAUUGUUUCCAAAAAUACAGAACCGAAUCGGUAAAUCUAAAAAUAGUUAAUAAUCCUAUUCAUGAAUUUUGGAAGCAACAUGAAAAAUUAUUCAAUUUUAAAAAAAAUUCACUAGGAAAACAAUAUAAUAUGAGGUUUUACCGGAGUAUGACUUAAAUAUGAAAUGAACAAGCAAGUUUCAAAAUAAUUUUGAAUGGCUGCUGUCAGCUACAAAUAAUUGAUAUAUACAAUUUUAACUGAAAAUUGAUUGAUCCUAAUUUUCCGAAUAUUAUGUUAGAUUUGAUUAUUCCGUGUUAUUUCGUCCUUUUAACGUUUUUUUUAUUUCACUUAUAUAUAACAAGAUUUCAUGUUCGUUAUAAAUGUAUAUGAAUCUGCAAUUUUUUAUUGGGAGGAUAUGCGUUACAUACUGCCGAAUGCGCUGGGUUACUGUACAUUUAUUGUAUCAUAUAGAUACAAUGGAAUUUUAUUCGAAUAUUUGUAUUAUUUUGAUAAAAUAAAUGAUAGCAGUUAUUGUUAA